AUGAUAAAAGCGUGUCUUUUAUAUCAGUCAUAUACGCCAGUAGAUUCGAUCUUCUUAUUUCAGAAUGGAAAUAAAUAUAAUCGUUUAUUAGAUAGUUUAAAUCAACGUAUUGUUCUACUUGAUGAAGCAAUUCAUGAACGAAAUGAAUUCGAUAGACAAAAUGAUCAUCUUCAAAUACUUUAUAAACAAUUAGAAAAUAAAUUUACAAAACAAAAACAACUAAAACUAUCGGAUAUUAAUUAUCCAUCAAAUGAACAACGUUUAGAACAAUUUAAACAAUUAUUAAAAUAUCUUGAUGAAACAAUAAAUAAUUUUAAAGAAGUAAUACGUAUACAACGUUUAUUAACUAAUAAAGGUCAUCGUAUUGAUUUUCGUAUUGGUGGUGAAUUAAAUGCAAAUUUAAAAAAUCUUGAUGGACAAAUACAUAAUGAAAUAGAACGAAUUGAAAGAGCUUUACAAAUUGAAAAUGAUUUUCAUCAUUUAGAUAAAGAACUUGAUUCAUAUUUACAAAUAUCUUCGGAACAAUUAAAAUCAUCUCAACAUCAUCAAGAUAAAGGAAUUAUUUUUCAGACUAUUUUUGAUCGUUUACAACAAGCUGAACAUGAAUUAAAUAAAUUAAUUCAACUUAGUGAACGUCUUAUUAAUGAUCUACCUCGUUCAAAAUAUGAACAAUUAAAACGUAUUAUUGAACAUCGUCAAGAACAUCUUCAAACAUUAAAUAAAACAUGUCAACAAGCACGUAGUGAACAUAAACAUAUGAUUAAAACACAACAUAGAUUAAAUGAAGAUUUAAUAAUAAUUAAUGAUUGGUUUAGAAGGCUUAUACAAGAUUUAACUCAACCACUUGAACUUAAUUUAUCAUUAAAUAAUGUUAAUGAUCUUCAAGAUUCCAUGAAUCAACUUGCAAUAUCAAUAAAACAACGUUUAGUUCGUAUUGAACAAGCUCUUCGUGAUGAGCCAAAUCUUAUUAGUUUAAGUGAUGUAGAAAUUCGAGAACGAUUAAAUACUGUCGAACAACUUAAAUAUCAAGUUAAAAGUCAUCUUAAUAAACAACGUAUUAUUCUUGAUGAUAUUCAUCAAGGUAUUACUCAAUAUAUUAAACUUACGAGUGAAGUUAAAACAGUUAUUUGUAAUCGAAUAUCAUCUACAUCAACAACAUUUCAUAUAUCUGAUCAAGAUGGUACAAUCCAAAAUUUACGUCAUAUGCUUGAUCAUUUAUCACCAUCAAUUGAACAAUUAAAAUUAAAAUCGAAAUCAAUUUUAACUAAUUCGCAAUAA